AACAGAAACCAAAACCAAAGCAAAAACUAGAGCUCUUCGUAACGCUCACAAUCACAGAGAGAAAAACUCAAUUCAAAACCACUCUCUCUCUCUCUCUCUCUCUCUCUCUAUCUAGAUCCUUUCUCCUUCAUCUUUCAAUGGCAGGUACAAUGAAAAAAGUCGACAAGAUUCGUCAAAUCGUUCGCUUGAAACAGCUCAUGACACGGUGGAAGCAACUCAGUCUCCGUCGUCAUUCGCUCCGUCCGGAGCCUGAAGAGCCCUGCCUCACUCCUCGAAGACAACCACCUUCAGGCUUUCUCUUUGUCUACGUCGGAUCGGAACGACGCCGUUUCGCCAUCCCCGCUCGGUUUCUCAACUUCCCCGUUUUCGCCGGUCUUCUCGAUGCAACCGAGGAGGAGUUCGGUCUACGAGGUAACGGCGGUUUGGUUCUUCCGUGCCACGUGGAGUUUUUCACGGAAAUCGUUAAGCGGCUUCAUAGGAACGAACAGAAGUAUGGGAAACUAACUUUGGAAGAGUUUGUUACAAUAUUUGCUGACGUGGCGGUUGAAGGUUGUAAGGAAAAGGAAAACGUCGUCGUUUUGAGUCCUUUGUUGCAGAACGCUUUGGUUUAAAAUCUGGAUUUGUAAAUGAAGAUGGGAAGAAAAAGUAGAAGCAGAGAAAGUUUAUUUCUUUUCUUUUUUAUUUCUCUGUAUUUUUCUUUCUUUUUUUUAAUUAGUUUUUGGUUCUAAUCGUCCUUGAAUCCAUUUACUAAAAAUUUGAGUCAUGGAUUUCAAUGAGAUGUUGAACUAUCUUUUUUAGGUUUAGAUUUGUUGGGUUGUUUUUAUUGAUAUCCAAUUUUAUUAUUAAAAAUGAUCGAAUUUUUAUGAUCAAUGAGAAAUUGUGUUAGUGUUGGUACA